UGUUGGGUGGCCUGGGCGGUGUUCGUCGGGCGCGUGACCAACUACGGCCAUGGCUGGGCCAGGGGCUGCUUUCCGCCGCUUGGGUGCUUUGUCCGGAGCCGGGGCCUUAGGCUUGGCCUCCUACGGGGCGCACGGCGCCCAGUUCCCGGAUGCCUACGGAAAGGAGCUCUUUGACAAGACCAACAAACACCACUUCUUACACAGCCUGGCCCUGUUAGGGGUGCCCCACUGCAGAAAGCCCCUCUGGGCCGGGUUACUGCUAGCCUCUGGAACCACCUUAUUCUGCACCAGCUUUUACUACCAGGCUCUGAGUGGAGAUCCCAGCGCCCAGACUUUGGCCCCUGUGGGAGGGAGCCUGUUACUCUUGGGCUGGCUUGCCUUGGCUCUUUGAGCUUCCUUGUGUUUAAUUUCUGGGUACUUUUUUGAGAGUUGGAGCAGGGAGGGGAUUAAAAGAGUAAGGCAAAUAAAGAAUUUUGGAGUCUUUGUUCAUCUAACCUCUUGGAGGAAGCAGGAUAGGGAUUGUCAACUUCUGAACUCCCUCCCUUUCCUAAGACUGAAUCAGUGAGCCUUGGGUCUGGGGAUUCUGUUCGCUUCAAGUUAACUUGUUAUGAGGUUCUUAAACUGCUGGGCAUCAGAGUCAUAAAGAAUGCUUGAAAU